AUGGAUGCAACCCCUGAUACAGGAUUCUUCACCUCUAUACCCCCCCUGCCAACAUCAACUCCUCAUAGAAAUCUGCUCUUCUUCUUGGAGUACUUGAACAACUCUGUAAUUGUGGAUCAUUACAAUUAUACAGGAAAACUGAAGAACCGCUGUGAGGGCCUGAAGCCGGAGAGCAUUGUCUUCCUGGUGGUGUGUCUGUUCAUUGUGCUGGAGAAUGCGGUGGUGCUCAUUGCCAUCUGGAAAAACAAAAAGUUCCACUUGCCCAUGUACUAUCUUCUGGGGAACUUGACCCUUUCAGACCUGUUAGCUGGAAUCACCUACAUGGCCAACAUUGUAAUGUCUGGACCGAACUCUCUAAAACUCACCCCUCUGCUGUGGUUCAUCAGAGAAGGUGGAGUCUUCAUCACUCUUGCUGCAUCUGUCAUCAGUUUACUGGCUAUUGCCAUAGAACGCCACGUUACUAUGGUAACCAUGAGGCCAUAUCAUGGUGCAAAGAAAGGCCGGAUGCUGGCACUCAUUGGGGCAAGUUGGGCCCUCUCAGGGUUUUUGGGAAUCUUGCCGAUUUUGGGUUGGAACUGUAUGCACCGACUGGAGCAGUGCUCAACAGUCCUGCCACUCUACACUAAGAGCUACAUCCUUUUCUGUGUGUCUGUCUUUAUUGCAGUCCUACUCGCCAUUGUGGUACUGUAUAUUCGAGUUUUCCGCAUUGUCCGCAAUAACACACAGCGUCAGAGACUGACAUUCACAGGGAGUGUUAGAAAAGGUUUAGCCCGAAAGUCCCAGAAGUACAUCGCUCUCCUGAAAACGGUCACCAUUGUUUUGGGGGUUUUCAUCGCUUGCUGGAUGCCCCUCUUUAUCCUGCUCCUCCUGGACUUUGUCUGCCCUACAGGCAGCUGUAGGGUGCUCUACAAAGUGGAUUAUUUCCUGGGAGUUGCCAUCGUCAACUCCCUUCUCAAUCCCAUAAUCUACACACUGACUAGUAAAGACAUGAGACGAGCCAUCCUCCGGCUGCUCUGUAGACCAUGUUUAAUGACCAGCGACGGUCAGGUUAAGAAGCUUGGCAUACCUUUCCUUGAGUGCAGCUUCAGCAAAAGUGAAGUAGCGUCACAGAACUUGGCACACUGCGAUGGAGGAGCGGAUCUGGCUUACUUGUUAUUGCAACAAACUUCUGAGUCUGACACAUCUCCGCUGAGAGAGAAUUCCUGGGCUGGUAAACUGGAGGCUCCUCUUCCACGUUUCUCACUUGACCCUUUACCGCUAAGGGGCCAGUCAACAGGCUUACUUCUUACCAGCCAUGACUGGAAACGACCAUGGAUCCUUUCAGAUAAUCAGACUGGACUGUCUUGA